UCCGGAGAGCGGAAGGUCGUUGUGCGAGUGUGCGUGGACGUGCAGUGGGCAGGCGCUCGAGUGGAGUGUGGAGAGUGGCACGGCUGCAGGCCUCCCCUACCAACUUGUGAGACUCGACUUCAACUGUUGACCCGGUGGAGCGGCUUAAAAAAAAAAAAAAAGUAAAAAAAAAAAAAGACCCCAGAAGGAGUCGCCGGGCGGACGCUCCGUGGCCAUGUCGACCCUCUUGCACUGCAUCUCCAGCUCGUCUCUCACUGUGCUCCAACGAGGCGUACGUCAGAAAAUACCAGCGAGGAGGAAUUUCAGGACCUUCCCUGUGUUAUGGGACCAAAACGCCUCCAAAGGUGUUCUCUACAAGGAUCUGGUGGUCGGCGUUCCCAAGGAGACGUUCCAGAACGAGCGACGUGUGGCGUUGUCGCCUGCCGGGGUGCAGGCGCUGGUCAAGCAAGGCUUCAGCGUGAAGGUGGAGAGCGGAGCCGGUGAGGACUCCAAGUUCUCCGACCAGCAGUACAAAGAUGCAGGCGCCAGCAUCACUGAUGUCAAAGGAGUCCUUGGAUCAGACCUGGUCCUCAAGGUUCGAGCACCCAGUCUGAGCGAGGCAGACCUUCUGAAGCCAAAAUCCACCCUGGUGAGCUUCAUCUAUCCAGCUCAGAAUCCAGAGCUCAUGAAGAAGCUGUCAGAGCGGAAGAGCACAGUGUUGGCCAUGGAUCAAGUGCCCAGAGUCACCAUCGCGCAAGGCUACGACGCGCUCAGCUCCAUGGCCAAUAUCGCCGGGUACAAGGCUGUAGUUCUGGCUGCCAACCACUUUGGUAGAUUCUUCACCGGUCAGAUCACAGCGGCAGGAAAAGUACCACCAGCUAAGGUCCUGGUCAUCGGAGGAGGUGUCGCGGGUUUAGCAGCAGCGGGGGCAGCCAAAUCCAUGGGAGCCAUUGUGCGAGGAUUUGACACAAGACCAGCUGCUCUGGAGCAGUUCAAGUCGUUUGGGGCGGAGCCUUUAGAAGUGGACAUGAAAGAGUCCGGCGACGGGGUCGGAGGUUACGCCAAAGAAAUGUCAAAGGAGUUCAUUGAAGCCGAGAUGGCGCUGUUCGCCAAGCAGUGUAAAGAAGUCGACAUUGUCAUCAGCACCGCCCUGAUUCCAGGAAAGAGGGCUCCCAUUCUGAUCAAGAAGGAAUUUGUGGAGUCCAUGAAGGACGGUUCCGUGGUGGUGGAUCUGGCUGCAGAGGCGGGGGGUAACAUUGAGACCACCAGGCCUGGAGAGCUGCACAUUCACAAGAACGUGACCCACAUCGGCUACAUGGACCUGCCCAGCCGCUUGGCCACCCAAGCCAGCACCCUCUACUCCAACAACGUACUGAAGCUGCUGAAGGCCAUCAGUCCCGACAAGGAGUACUUCCACUACGAGCCCAAAGAGGAUUUUGACUACGGCACGAUGGACCACGUCAUCCGCGGGACGCUUGUGAUGAAGGAUGGCCAGAAUACGUUCCCCGCGCCCCUCCCGAAGACCGUCCCCCCGCCGCCAGUCAAACAGAAGUCCAUGGCAGAGUUGGAGGCAGAGAAAGUGGCUGCUGUUUCUCCGUUUAAACGCACAAUGACCAAUGCUGGCGUCUACACUACAGGUUUGUCCACCUGUCUGGCUCUGGGCCUCAUCUCUCCCAACACAGCCUUCACGCAAAUGGUGACCACCUUCGGCCUGGCUGGGAUCGUGGGGUACCACACGGUGUGGGGCGUGACCCCCGCGCUGCACUCGCCCCUAAUGUCCGUCACCAACGCCAUCUCAGGUCUGACGGCAGUCGGCGGUCUGGUUCUGAUGGGAGGGGGUCUCACGCCGUCCUCACUUCCUGAGAGUCUCGCCCUUGCGGCUGCCUUCAUUUCCUCCAUCAACAUUGCUGGCGGUUUCCUGAUCACCCAGCGGAUGCUGGACAUGUUCAAGCGUCCCACUGACCCCCCGGAGUACAACUACCUGUACGCGUUACCCGGGGCUGCCUUCGUCGGUGGAUACGGCGCAUCCGUGGCAGCUGGUUACAACAUUGAACAGAUGAUGUACCUGGGCUCCGGCUUGUGCUGCGUCGGUGCGCUGGCAGGCCUCUCCGCUCAGGGCACCAGUCGACUUGGAAACGCGCUGGGCAUGAUGGGAGUCGCAGGAGGCAUCGCCGCCACCCUAGGUGCCCUCAAGCCUUCCCCGGAGCUGCUGUCACAGAUGUCGUUGGCCAUGGCCACUGGUGGGACACUGGGUUUGACCAUUGCCAAGCGGAUCGAAAUCUCGGACUUGCCUCAGUUGGUGGCGGCGUUCCACAGCCUCGUGGGCCUGGCUGCGGUUCUCACCUGCGUGGCGGAGUACAUGAUCGAGUUCCCCCACCUCGACGCUCACCCGGCCGCCGGCGUGCUCAAGACGGUGGCCUACUUGGGCACGUACAUCGGAGGUGUCACCUUUAGUGGAUCGCUGGUCGCCUAUGGCAAGCUGCAAGGCAUCCUGAACUCUGCGCCUCUCCUGUUGCCCGGCCGUCACAUGUUGAAUGCCGGUCUUAUGGCGGCGUCGCUCGGUGGCAUGGUGCCCUUCAUGCUUAGCUCGAGUUACGGCACCGGAAUGGGAUGUCUACUCGGGGUGUCCGGGCUGUCCACUGUUAUGGGCGUCACGCUGACAGCGGCCAUUGGAGGUGCGGACAUGCCGGUGGUCAUCACCGUACUCAACAGCUACUCUGGCUGGGCGCUGUGCGCUGAAGGCUUCCUCCUGGAUAACAAUCUCAUGACCAUCGUCGGCGCCUUGAUCGGCUCCUCGGGAGCCAUCCUCUCUUACAUCAUGUGUGUGGCGAUGAACCGCUCCCUGCCCAAUGUGAUCCUGGGUGGCUACGGCACCACCUCCACAGCGGGCGGCAAACCCAUGGAGAUUGUUGGCACCCACACGGAGGUCAACGUGGACCAGACCAUUGACAUAAUCAAGGAAGCCAACAGCAUCAUCAUCACGCCAGGUUGGGGGUUGUGUGCAGCAAAAGCCCAGUAUCCAAUUGCAGACAUGGUGAAGAUGCUGAAGGAACAAGGCAAGGCUGUCAGGUUUGGUAUCCAUCCAGUGGCUGGGCGUAUGCCAGGCCAGCUGAACGUGCUCUUGGCUGAGGCCGGUGUACCCUACGAUGUGGUCUUGGAGAUGGAUGAGAUCAAUGAAGACUUUCCGGAGACGGACCUGACGCUGGUCAUCGGUGCCAACGACACUGUGAAUUCCGCUGCUCAAGAGGACCCAAACUCCAUAAUUGCUGGCAUGCCUGUCCUGGAGGUGUGGAAGUCCAAACAGGUGAUCGUGAUGAAGCGGACCUUGGGUGUGGGCUACGCCGCCGUGGAUAACCCCAUUUUCUACAAGGCCAACACAUCCAUGUUGCUGGGAGACGCCAAGAAGACAUGCGACAGCCUCCAAGCCAAGAUUAGGGAGGCCUUCUACUAGGCCCCAUGGUACAAAAGAAAUAUUUUUCUUUCCAACCCCAGCAUUGGCUCUUAAGAUAUUUAACUCUGUAUCUAAUGAAAUGGAUGAUCUUAACAUGUACAAUACUAGAUGAGAUUUCAUGAAUGGGACUGUUAUGUACUGGUUUGUAAAUAAAUAUAUUUAAAUGUA